UACAAUAUAUGUAAAAGGACAUUCAUUUAGUUGGUAUUUAUUGGUCAUGUAAUUACAGUAGCAGAGAUGUUGUGCACAGUGUAAAAAAGGGCCUCUGCUAUAUUGAUACACAGAGCAGAGACGGCAUGUCAGACACAGCUGCUCUGUUUGUCUUAGGAAUGCUGAUCAGCACAACAGCUCCUCCUUCCCUAUUUCAAUUUAUCUUCAAAGGACAGAACACAAGAAACAGCAAAUACUUUCAAAUUUCCAUUGCUGAGAAAAACGGUAGUUCAUAAGGAUAUUGGAGAUUACUCAGUCAAGAAUGAGCGUGGAUGAGGACACACGUUGGCUUGAAUGGGUCACCAAGCAGUUCGAGACUAUUGCAGGAGAAGACAAAGAAAUUGACUUGAAUGAAUUUAAAACAGCCCUUAAAGUGAAAGAGUCAUUUUUUGCAGAGAGGUUUUUUGCACUAUUUGAUUCGGAUGGUAGUGGCACUAUUACCCUCGAUGAGCUGCUGAAGGCUCUGAACCUCCUCAUUCACGGCAACGAGACUGACAAGCUGCGCUUUCUUUUCCAGGUCUAUGAUGUAGACGGAAGUGGUUCAAUAGACCCUGAUGAGCUGCGAACAGUGCUGAAAUCCUGUCUAAUGGAAAGUGCUAUCUCCUUGCCAGAAGAAAAACUGGAUGACUUGACGCUGGCGCUGUUUGAGUCAGCGGACAAAGAUAACAGUGGCUCUAUUACGUUUGAGGAGCUUAAGGCAGAGCUUGAGAACUUCCCUGAGGUCAUGGAGAACCUCACCAUCAGUGCUGCUAACUGGUUAAAGCCUCCUGAUAUGGACCACAACAAGCGACAAACACCUCGCUAUUUCACCAGAGCGUACUGGCAGAACAACAGCAGAAAGCUGUUCUUCAUCUGCCUGUACUCCUUCCUCAACAUUCUCCUCUUCAUCAUAGCGAUGAUGAGGAAUGCUGCUGGUGGACCCUGGAUCAUGUUGGCGCGAGGGUGCGGAAUGUGCCUUAACCUCAACUGCACUUUUAUUAUGGUGCUGAUGCUACGGCGUUGUCUCACGUGGCUGCGUGCUACUUGGGUUGUAAAAGUCUUACCGUUGGACCAAAACAUACUUUUGCAUGAGAUCGUUGGCUAUGCUAUCUUGAUCUUCAGUGUGGUGCACACAAUGGCACAUGUUAUGAACUUUGUUUUGCUGUCUCAUAAAGAGGUAGGAUAUGAGUUAUGGGAAUAUGUGUUCACCACACGCCCGGGUAUAGGAUGGGUUCAGGGCACUGCCUCUAUCACUGGCGUUGUGCUGCAGGUCAUCAUCUGUCUCAUGGUGGUUUGUUCCUGCACAUUCGUCAGACGAAGUGGUCAUUUUGAGGUGUUCUACUGGUCUCACCUGUCUUAUAUUUGGGUCUGGGUACUGCUUAUAGUCCACUGCGCUAAUUUCUGGAAGUGGUUUGUGGCACCUGGUGUGAUCUUCCUUGUGGAGAAGUUGGUUGGCAUUGCAGUGUCUCGCAUGGCAGCCCUAUAUAUUGCAGAGGUUAACUUGCUGCCUUCUAAGGUAACGCAUCUAGUGAUCAAGCGACCACCGUUCUUCCAAUUUAAACCUGGUGAUUAUGUCUAUAUAAACAUCCCAGUUAUAGCCAAGUAUGAGUGGCACCCGUUCACCAUCAGCAGUGCACCAGAGCAACAAGAUACCAUAUGGCUCCACGUGCGUUCAAUGGGCCAAUGGACAAAUCGGCUGUUUGAGUAUUUUAGACAGUCGGAGAACCAAGACGCCAACAACAAGAGACUUACAGCCAGUCUGAGGAAACGACGGCAUGAUGCAGGAACCCAGAUCUCAUCUAAAUUGAGUGAAAAUCAUAGAUAUUGUAACAUUAAGUGUUAUGUAGAUGGGCCCUAUGGUACUCCAACAAGGCAGAUCUUUGCCUCAGAGCAUGCAGUGCUGAUAGGGGCUGGCAUUGGCAUCACACCAUUUGCAUCCAUUUUACAGAGCAUCAUGUACCGUUACCGAAUGAGAAAGCAGAACUGCCCUAACUGCAACUACUCCUGGUGUGAGACUAUCAAAGAUAAUGAGAUGAAGCUGAGGAAGGUCGAUUUCAUUUGGAUAAACCGAGAUCAGAAGUCUUUUGAGUGGUUUGUGAGCUUGUUGACCAAACUGGAGAUGGAUCAGGCUGAUGAGGAACCUGAGGGUCGCUUUCUGGAGAUGCACAUGUACAUGACAUCAGCUUUGAGUAAGAAUGACAUGAAGGCUAUUGGGCUGCAGAUGGCCUUGGACCUUUUGGCAAAGAAAGAGAAGAAAGACUCCAUCACCGGCCUACGCACACGCACACAGCCAGGCAGACCCGAGUGGGGCAAGGUUUUUCAGAAGGUUUCAGAGGAAAAGAAAGGCAAGGUGCAUGUUUUCUAUUGUGGCUCCCCAGCAUGUGCCAAAGCCAUCAAAGCUGAAUGUGAGAAAUACGGAUUUCAUUUCUACAAAGAAAACUUUUGA